CAUCUUAUCGCGACUAAGCGGAGUGGCGGCGGCAUUUCCUGGUGCCUGAACCUGGCGCGGAGGCUAUGGGUAGCCAGGAGGUACUGGGCCAGGCGGCCCGGCUGGCCUCCUCCGGUCUCCUCCUGCAGGUGCUGUUUCGGUUGAUCACCUUUGUCUUGAAUGCAUUUAUUCUUCGCUUCCUGUCAAAGGAAAUCGUUGGCGUAGUAAAUGUAAGACUAACGCUGCUUUACUCAACCACCCUCUUCCUGGCCAGAGAGGCCUUCCGCAGAGCAUGUCUCAGUGGGGGCACCCAGCGAGAUUGGAGUCAGACCCUCAACCUGCUGUGGCUAACAGUCCCCCUGGGUGUGUUUUGGUCCUUAUUCCUGGGCUGGAUCUGGUUGCAGCUGCUUGAAGUGCCUGAUCCUAAUGUUGUCCCUCACUAUGCAACUGGAGUGGUGCUGUUUGGUCUCUCAGCAGUGGUGGAGCUUCUAGGAGAGCCCUUUUGGGUCUUGGCACAAGCACAUAUGUUUGUGAAGCUCAAGGUGAUUGCCGAGAGCCUGUCGGUAAUUCUUAAGAGCGUUCUGACAGCUUUUCUCGUGCUGUGGUUGCCUCACUGGGGAUUGUACAUUUUCUCUUUGGCCCAGCUUUUCUAUACCACAGUUCUGGUGCUCUGCUAUGUUAUUUAUUUCACAAGGUUACUGGGUUCCCCAGAAUCAACCAAGCUUCAAACUCUUCCUGUCUCCAGAAUAACAGAUCUGUUACCCAAUAUUACAAGAAAUGGAGCGUUUAUAAACUGGAAAGAGGCUAAACUGACUUGGAGUUUUUUCAAACAGUCUUUCUUGAAACAGAUUUUGACAGAAGGCGAGCGAUAUGUGAUGACAUUUUUGAAUGUAUUGAACUUUGGUGAUCAGGGUGUGUAUGAUAUAGUGAAUAAUCUUGGCUCCCUUGUGGCCAGAUUAAUUUUCCAGCCCAUAGAGGAAAGUUUUUAUAUAUUUUUUGCUAAGGUGCUGGAGAGGGGAAAGGAUGCCACACUUCAGAAGCAGGAGGAUGUUGCUGUGGCUGCUGCAGUCUUGGAGUCCCUGCUCAAGCUGGCCCUGCUGGCCGGCCUGACCAUCACCGUUUUUGGCUUUGCCUAUUCUCAGCUGGCUCUGGAUAUCUACGGAGGGGCCAUGCUUAGCUCAGGAUCCGGUCCUGUUUUGCUGCGUUCCUACUGUCUCUAUGUUCUGCUGCUUGCCAUCAAUGGAGUGACAGAGUGUUUCACAUUUGCUGCCAUGAGCAAAGAGGAGGUCGACAGGUACAAUUUUGUGAUGCUGGCCCUGUCCUCCUCAUUCCUGGUGUUAUCCUAUCUCUUGACCCGUUGGUGUGGCAGCGUGGGCUUCAUCUUGGCCAACUGCUUUAACAUGGGCAUUCGGAUCACGCAGAGCCUUUGCUUCAUCCACCGCUACUACCGAAGGAGCCCCCACAGGCCCCUGGCCAGCCUGCGCCUAUCGCCGGUCCUGCUUGGGACAUUUGCCCUCAGUGGUGGGGUUACUGCUGUUUCAGAGAGGCCAAGAAAACCAUGGACGAGCAGUGGACCUUGAUGUCCCUACUGAGCACAAGCCAGCAACAAGGACCCGGCCCCCCAGGCUCCACGGCAUCCUCAGCCACAGACAAGCUCAGCCGCUGGGAGUGUGCACCUGUCACAAGUAAUUGCUUCCCAAGAAGCAAUUCCUUUGGGCAUCAGUAAAGUCACUGAUGCCCCAGCCCUCCCCUCAGAGAAUCUGAUUAACCAGCCUAGCUGGAUGGGAAGCUAGGGAACACCAGCCACCCAGUAAAUAGAAGCAGAACAGCCGAGGAAGGGGCUCUGCCGACUGCUCUGGCUCCUUCCGUGGGUGACAGGGCCUCUGUGGGCUAGUGGCUUUGGAAGGUGUUUGCUCAAGGGCCUUGUUUCCCUGCCCACAGGCAUGGGGUGCAGCCCCUUAUGCUGGAGGCUCAUCUUUGUAGCCCACAUGGGUGCUUGGAGAAGGUCUUUGAGCUGCCUGGUCCAAGGGUGGAUUCUAAGGUUUUGACAAGAUCACUCCACGGCUCAUUCCUGCUGUGGGCUCUGGCACAGACAGACCAUAGUGUAGGUUCCAGCUCUGCUGUGUCCUUUACACCAUGACCUUGGGCAGUUUACUAAACCUCUCAAGCCUCAGUGUUUAAGAGGUUUUAUAUUAAUCCUACCUGUUUUUAUAUUUAAUUUCUCUUUUGAUCAAAACAAUACAUGUAUGGUAUAUAGUUUUAAAGGUUGAACAAUACUGCAAGGCUGGAAAUACUAAUUCCCCUCUUCUUGACCCAUAGUUUUAAGGUUGAACAAUACUGCAAGGCUGGAAAUACUGAUUCCCCUCUUCUUGACCCAUUGCUUUCAGUUCUUUUGACUUUUGACUCUUUCAAUCUUUUUUUUUUUUUUUUUUAGAUAAGGUCUCCCUCUGUUGCCCAGGCUGAGCUGGAGAGCAGUGGCACAAUCACAGCUCACUGCAGCCUCAAACUCCUGGGGUCAAGCAAUCCUCCCACUUCAGCCUCCCGAGUCGCUGGGACUACAGGUGUGCGCUACCAUGCCCGCCUAAUUUUAAAAUGAUUUGUAGAGAUGGGGUCACACGAUGUUGCCCAGGCUGGUCUUGAACUCCUGGCCUCAAGCGAUCCUCCUGCCUUGGCCCAAAUUGUUGGGAUUACAAGCAUGAGCUACUGCACCCUGCCUCUUUCACCUUUAGAACAUUGACUUCCUACUAUGGAAAAUGAGCUGAUAGCCACCUCUCCAUACAUUUCCUCCCCAUCCUUCCAAUGCUAUGAUUUGGUGUAAGUUGAUAUUCAGUGUUUACAUGUUUAACGCUAUGCAAACAUUGUUUUCUGCUAAA